AUGGAGGACGGCGAACUUGAAGAGCGGGAGGAGUUGAGGGAGACAGUGAUACCGAUUUUUGAGGUUGUGUGGAGGGAUUUGCGUAGGCUUUUGCUGCCUGGUGGGACUGCUGAGUUUCGUCGUUGUUUCGUCACGCAGGCGCUUGCGUUUGGGAAUGUGCAUGGUCUGAAUGAUAUGCUCAGGGAGAACGACGUGGUCAUCUCCCUAGCGAUGCACUGCUGGAUGAACAUGUUCACUUUUCCCCCGAACGGACAACACGCUCUCGCAGCCCUCCUUGACCCAGAAUCCUCCCAUCCAUUCAUGGCUCCUCCGAACACCCUCCAGAAAGCCGUCAAGGCCGUGACAAUUGACAUGAUUGCUGUGCGGCUCAAAGAGGCGCUUUCAAGCGAAGAAAUGAUCCUCUGGCCUCUGAACUACGCAUCACCGAUAUGGAGUUUGCGGAUGCUUCCAACAGAACUUGCGCAUAUAAGGAGAUCGCGGUUGCACCGAAGCGGUAGCUGCUGUUGUAGAGUGCACAGUGAUGCCGGCUAUUUUUCCGCUUUUUCCCCUUCCCGUCUUCCUCCCCUCCCUCUUUCUGCCUUUGUAUCCCUUUGCACGGUUUUCUCAGAUCGCAUCUGCCCCUGUUCGGGUCAGCGCUUCCCGCGGGCUGUGCUCAGGGAAUGCUUUCUAAAUUCUCGGGGCUUUGGAUCGUCUUUCUUUCCAUUCGCAGUUUCACUUUUAUAG